UGUAGGGAGUAUAGAAACCAGUGGGGAAAGCCCCAGUUUGGGAGGAGAGGACAAAGUGCUGUCAGAACGUAGGGAACAGAUACAACUGAGGGAUCAAAACACACUUAAGAGUGAGAAGUAACAUUUUAUCUGCACUGUAAAAGUGGUAAGGAUUAUCAAUAUCAACUCAUAUUUUUAAACACAGAUAAGUAGAUACAGAAAUGAAUAAUAUGUAUGUGUAUAUAUGUGCCUGUUUACCAAACUCUGUUCACUGAUGUCUAGAGGCAGUGACAUAGAACGUUAUGGUAGCAGUGAGUGUCCUUAGUGCCCCAACCUUGGUUUCUAAGUAUCAUUCUCCAUGAAAAGGAAUCUAAGCUACUUGGAGAAACUCAAGACUGGAGGUGGGGAAGUAAAAAUGGGUCUGAAACAACUUGUGUGUCAGAAAGUAAGGAAGUAAUCCAAGAAUAAUGGGCAUGUGACAAAAAGGAACCCAAAGCCAGCUUGAAUAGGUUCCUACUGGCCAAAUAUUUGAGCAUCAUAACAACGAAAGUAAUGGGGUAUAAUCAUUGGCUAAAAAUAGACUCCAUGAAUCCAUACUGACAUAAAUAAAUGAUUAAAUUAAAUAAAUGGAGCAGAAAAGGGACCAACUAAUAAAUGUAGAAGAAAUAAUAGAAUUAGAGACCACCAUUUGGCAACUGUCAUAAUAAUAAUUGAUGGAAUAGAUUUCAAAACUAGUGGAUGAAUAUUUGAUGAGAAAGAGGAUACUUGCAUAUUCUCAAGACAUCUCCACCCAAGUUAUUUACUAGUUACAAAGGAAAAAACAGUAACUUUACAGUGGAAAGACCUGGCAGCCCAGUGAUCAAAGCUAACUUUGUCAGGAUGGACUGACCUACACUGUGUACUUCUUGAUGUCAUGUGCCAAGAAGGACACAGUACCUGCCAAAAGUGCCUAACCUGAACGAGGAAACAUCCAACCAACUCAGCAUUUUUGAAAUCAUGUCAAGUAACUGCCCUGUACGCUUCAAAAAUGUCAAGGUCGUGAAAGAUACAUCACAACAGAGAGCAAUUAUGUUAAAAUUUUAAAAUGUUGUAUUUAAUGACAGACAUGUAUCCUAAGUAUAAAAUCAUGACUAUAGAAAAAUAUGCCCAGUGGUCAUGGUGGUUGCCUGUGGGGAGAAGGAAGGCUUAGAGGGAGAGCAAAGAGGUAAAGAGCUUCAUUUGUAGUGUACUGAUUUUUCCCUUAAGAAACUUAAGGAUCUGGAUCAAAUAUGCCAAAUUGUUGAGUAUUUGGAUCCAGGAACACAGGUAUAUAUUUUUCGUAUAUUUAAAGUGUUUUAUUAUUUAAAAACAUUUUUUAAAUUUCUGAGUGGAUGUGGUACAGGUGUGUAGUGGUUGCUAAAGUUGGACAGAUAGAUAAGUCCAGGUCACAAAAGGUGCAUGGAUAUGAUUUAUCCCACUUAGAAUGGAACCUUUUCCCAGACAACUGAGGUGUUAUACAAAUUUAAAUUUGAGUAGUUGAGCUACAAGCUUAAAGGGUUCCUGUUAAAUCUGUUACAAGAUAAUGUUCAGAAACAGGUAGAAUCAUUACUCUGUAUAAAUAUAAAACUCCUUAACACAUGUCAAAGGUAUUAUUUAACUCAUGAGGAAACCAGGUAGAUGUUAUAACGUUCAAAGAGAAUCCAAAGAACAGACAGAUGUAGAUUAGGAAUAUUGAAAUGAAUAUACAAGUGAGGCAGAACUGAUUUUUCCUUCCUUGAGGGUAGAAGAGAAGACAACUGGAUUCCUAUCAGGAUAGAAUUUUCACAUACUUUUCAUUGUUAUUGUUUAUCUGCAGUCUACCAAGUUGUAAAAUAGCUCACAUUCUAGCUGGAAGGUAACCCAGUAGGGAGGGCUAUAUGGAGACAAUACAUAGUCUUCCACUGAAGCACAAAUUUUUCUCAAGAAUGCAUAAACUUUUUAUAAUUUCAGUUGGUUUUAGGCCUGUGAGUUCGGUAACAUUUCCGAGGCCGCUGUGCAGGUUGGGGCGGUCUGAGCCACACGUUCUGUGGCAAGAUGUUUCAAAGCUUCAUAAAAAAUGUUUGGGUCCCCAUAAAGCCCUACUACACCCAGGUUUACCAGGAGAUCUGGGUAGGCAUAGGCUUGAUGAGCUUCAUCAUUUACAAAAUCAGGAGCGCUGAUAAAAGAAUUAAAGCUUUGAAAGGAUCAAGUCCUGCACCUGCCCAUGGCCAUCAUUAGCUCUCUGUGGUGUGCACAUCAGGUGGAACAUCAGUCCGCCUAUAAAUUUUACAAGCUCUGAUAGAUGGAACCAUCGAAUAUCGCUGUGUACUUACAGAAGUGCUGUGUCCUUUGUGGCAUGAAUAAAUGUAUCUGUAAGACAAAAAAAAAAUUGGUUUUAGGAUCCUUGUGACAGAAUUUCUUAAAGUUGAUUAUUGAGGAUUUAGGGAAUCAAUCGCCUCUUUUAAAAAGUAAUACAUAAAUUUAACGCAAUCCUUACGUGUGAAGUUUCAGGGGCUAGGAAAAUUGUUUUAUCUUUGACGAUUGAAUCGCAUUUUGAAAUUCGUGUAACUAUGCCGUUGAUUGAAAUUAAUGCUAAUGCAGAUCUUAGGUAAGGGUUUUUCUGGAUAGCUGUCUCGGGGAGCCAGAUCAGCACCUUCAGGGGAUUAUAAGGAAAUUAUUGGCUUAGCAUAAAUCAUAAUUCCUUUUGAUGGCGAGAGGCGAAUGGAAAAUAAAGGACUCAUGGCUGUUACUUGUUUUGAAAGCCUUCAAAUUGCUAGAGUUUAAUUUCAUGUGUCUAAGCUGAAGAAGUCAAACAUAAGGUAGAUACAGUGGCAGGCUGUCAAAUAACUAAAAGACACUACUAACCAGUCUAGAGGUCAUGUACAUCUGUAGAAGGAAAGGUCAUUGGCCUGCCCUUGAUCUCUCCCAUCUUUACUCACUAGCCUAUUCCUCAAAGCUGCUAAACUUACACAUUUUGGUUUGUUUACCAGACUCUUGUCAUAGUUUUCUCUCUGGUAUAAUUAGGUUAGACCUUGGGGAUCAGCAUAAGCGAUUUGAUUUAUUUUUGUAGUUAGCUAGUUCUAGACCUCAUCUAACUUUCCCCCACUAUGGAAGAACUUGUUAUUACUGGAAUUUUUUUCAGAACUUGCAUCUGCCCAGCAGGGGGCAGCAAAUAGAAAGGGAUAGUGUGACUUUGUAGAGACUUAAUACUUUAGUGUUCUGUGUCCUGCAGGCUCCGCUUGACCUCUUUUACUCAGUUCUCUUUUCUACUUUAUGUCUGUGUGCCCCUUUCAUAGUGACAGGCUUGAGGCAGAGCACAAUAUUAAUCACGUUUAGGUUUCCUCACAACUGUAUUUUUGUUUACUUCCUGGCUGAAACAACACUUAGAAUGUUUUGGUUACUUGCUUAUAUAAAAUACGCAUUUUAAAAUCAACUGAAAAGGAAAGCACAGUUAAACUUCACUAAGAUCCUAUUUUUGAGUCUUGUUUAUUAUUAAAACUUGUCUGGAAAUAGCAGUGUUUAAAUACAGUUAACCACAUAAUUUAUUUCUUAUUCUCAUGAAGCCUUUUGGGGAUAUGGCCAAGAUUCUUUUCCUGCUAAUGGAAAGUCUUCUGGGCCUUUAAAUGUGAGAUGUUAUUUCUGAGAGUUGGAGUAUAUGCACAGGUGCAAUUCCAACUGUCUCUUUCCACUUAAGAAGUAAAUACUAGUUUUAUGUAAGUGUUAAGAAAACCAUUCAUUCCUUCUUCACAUCUCCAGAUGCCUUGUAACAUCUGUCUCUUUAGUUUUGUGGGCUUUAAUUGUUUAGGAAAGUGGCAUUUAGGCACUUUUCCCCAUUUCUGGUAAAUGUUAUUUGAUCAUUGACUUUAGUUACCUGGGUUCGGAAUUCUGAUAGUAAUUUGUAUUCUAAAUUAUUUUUAACACCCUAAAUAGUUUAACCUUGAGAUUUUGAUCUUGUUUUCUAUAUUUGUUGUGGUGAUAUUGACUUGCCCAAUUAACUUUUUCUCUCU